CCCCCAAUGUUUUGUUCAUCGGAUUUCUUUAAUUUCUUUUAAGCCCUAAUUUUAGCCAUUUUGUGUUCUCUGGUUCUGAUUCUCUGUUCUUUCUUGUUGAUUUUUUUGGAUCUUGGAAUCAGAAAUCUCAGAAUUUGGAAGCCAUUGAUAAAUUGACCCACCAGAAUCAAGCUCUUGAAGGGGAGGUUGAAGCUAUGAAGCAACAUUAUAAUCAUCUGAAAGCUAUCAAUUCGGAAUUGAAGGCCAAGAAGCAAGAGAUGAUUGUGGGUGGUUCCAAUUACCAAUCAGAAAUUCCAGAAAUUGGGACCUCAACUUUGGUUGCCAUGGAAAUAGCUAAGUUAACUAUGGAAUCCUCAGCCUCAAAUCUGGAGAUUGAUCUUCAUCAAUGUGAACCGUCGAUCAAGAAUCAGACGGCUUCGAUGGAAGAACAGAGCAAUUUCGAAAUUCCAAAUGGGGGAAUUCCUUUAUAUGAUCAUUCAAUGGGGCCAAUGGGGAUUCCUGAUUUGAACUUCUCAUUUGAUGAACUUUCUGAGAGGUAUUACUCAAAAUACAUGGCUGCUAAAGCAAGACAGAAGAGGAUGCAGAUCUGUAAGAACAAGAACAAUAACAACAACAAUGGAGCUUCCAAUUUGCAUUCCUAGUUCAUCAACAAAUCUCCACAUUCUUCCUUUUUUUUUUUUUUUUUUUUAACCUUUGGAUUCAAUUCAUCAAUUUGAUGGGGAGGCCUCUUUCGAGUCUGGAAUUGGGAUUGUUUUUCAUUUUUCUUUCCUUUUUUUUUUUUUUUUUUUUUAAAGGUAGAUAGAUAAAGGUUUUGUUUUUCCUCUCUUUAGCGUAUAAAUAAUAAAAAUAAUAUUUUUUUUAGUUAUUUGAAAGAUGUUAUUUUGUUGUUGAGAAUGGUGACAAUAAUAUAUGGAAUUUCCUAUAUCAGUUUUUUUUUAAAAAAAACUGCU